AUGGCAGCCUCCGCUGUGGGCCGAGCAAUGGCGCUGCGUACUCGUGGUGGUCAGCAUGUUGCUUUUAUCAGGAGAAUUCCUUGGACCCUGGCGAGUGAGCUGAGAAAACAUUUUGCUCAGUUUGGCAAUGUAAAAAAGUGUAAUGUACCUUUUGACAGACAGACUGGCUUUCACAGAGGCAUGGGUUGGGUUCAGUUUUCUUCAGAGGAAGAACUUCAGAAUGCACUACAACAAGAAAAUCAUAUUAUUGAUGGACUAAAGAUGGAUGUUAAAGCUGGGAAACAAAGGGUUUUGCAAAGGGCUCAAACAUCUGAUGAAGACAGAGACUUCUGA